UUCGAGGUUUUAACGCAAAAAAAAAAAAAUGGCGAAGAACGACAAUGGCUGCGACAAGUUUUUGUCAUCGCUAAUCUCCGACAUCAAAUCGUACUCCGGAAAGGACCCUCUUCUUCCAUGGAUCCGAGGGGUUAAGAAGAUGAAGGAGAACUUGUCGCCUCAGAUUUUGAACGAGAAGCUACCGCGGUUUCUGCAGAAAUGUGCACAGUCGUUUGAAUCCGACAAGAGAUAUAGGAACGAUUCACGGUAUAUCCGUGUUUGGUUGCAGCUGAUGGACUUUGUAGAAGAUCCAAAAGCUCUGUUAAGAACCAUGGAAGCAAACUGUAUAGGCACCAAGAGGCCAUUGUUCUACCAAGCAUAUGCACUCUACUAUGAGAAAAUGAAGAGAUUCGAUGAUGCCGAGAAAAUGUAUCGUCUUGGAAUGCAAACCCUUGCUGAGCCAAUGGAUGAGCUACAGAAAUCAUACGAGCAAUUCCUUAGUCGCAUGGAGAAGCACGAGAAGAAGAACAUUCAGCGCCAGGAAUUAAAAACCACCAAAAGACCUCUGUCUGAAAAGAGCCUCCCUCUCGAAUCUGAUGGAACCAAACGAAACAAAGAGAGUUUACAGACUACAAAGCCAUCUGAGGAAUCUGACUUCGCCAAGGUUUCGCAGAAUGACUCUCGCAAUAUGUCCACAAAGCAACCGAUGUUUACGAGGCAAAUCUCUGAGCCUAGGUUGGCUGGAAAUGACGAUACGGUUGUUGUGAAGUUUGUUGAUACAGCCAUUGUAGGAAAGUCUGAAGCAGAAGAUGUGUGCCAUCAUGGUUUGGUGGAUCCAACGAUAAACAUGAAGGAAGCUAUGAAUGCGAUUAACAACAUGUUCAAAGAGCCUAUAGAAACUGCUCCAGUUCACAGAAGAUCACAGAGAAACCAACACAAGGAAAAUCAAAGCUUCAACAAUGGUUUUGAAGUGUUUGUGGACGAGAAUCUUGAAAACGGAACAAGGUCACGAGAAAAAGCAAAGGUUGGUAGUUGUCAGGCAUCUCAGGCAAAUCAAGAGCCCUUUGAGAUAUUCAUCGAUGACGACAACUGUGAUGAAAGUGCAGAUGGAAAUGAUGAGGUCGGCGUUUCAGAUGAAAAGGGUUUCAUUUUUCUACGUCCUAAGGACCAUUCAUCUGAAAGCUCGGAAGAAGCAGACAUAGACAGCCCUCCUAAGACUAGGUUCAGGGAAGACACAGUUGUCCAUAGAUUUGUGGGCUCAACCAUUUCCGAAGAGCCAAUGGUCGAGAACGUAUGUCACCACGGCCUUGUAGAUCCGACAAUCAACUUGAAAGAAGCCAUGGAAGACAUAAACAACAUGUUCGGAAAGCCGAUAGAUUUUGUCAGGCCCAAGCGGUCCAAGAGGCUGGAAAAACCAGCAGAAAAGAAACCUGAUCCUUCCGGAGGAUUUCUAAUACUUGAGGAUGAUGAGGAUGAGCUUGAAUAUCAAGAGAGCAACCCAACUCAGAUGCCAACCAAUAAACCGAGCGAGCGUGAUUUGUUUGAGCCAACGAUGUGCACUAAGGAAGCUGUGGAUGAGAUCAACAAACUGUUCACAAUGCCAAUGGACUUCUAGGAACAAGGUAUUCCAUUCACUUUCCUUCUGUUGUAUUGUUUGCUACGUUGAGAUUAUAUCAGGAUUAUCCUUGCAAACAUGUUUCCUGUUGUUUUAACUGUGGGAGUGUCUUUGUUGUUAUUGACUUAUAAAUUACAUACCGAGUGUUUUAACCUUA